AUGGCAUCCACACGUACUGUUACUGCGAGUCGAUACCCUGCUCACUCUUCGAAACCGAAAAGGUUGAGGAUAUCCAAGGACAAGUUGAAUAUGCGGGACGAGAUAAUCGUAGCCGGAGAUGAAAGCGACGCAAAGCGUCUACCAUCACGAGAGCCACGGUCGUCGCCGUCGGAGCCAUGUCUCGACGAGAUUACGAUACCACUGCCCGAGUCCACAGGGACCAGUGACAGACAAACAAUACCGCCCGAUGGGGACGAUGCGUUAUCUGAGUAUGAUCUCCUCUGCCCUGGCGAUAUAGAUCGGGGUGCACCGAUGCCUCCUCCAGGAUGGCCAGAGGAUGGCCAGACGAGGUGGAAUACUUUUCAGAGACAAAUACCUUUGUACACAUCCGUGUUCGGUCGCAACCAGCUAGAGCGUCCGAGUUCCUUCACGCGCCUCUUUGUCAGCGACGGUUCACAUCAUGACGACGCUUCCAGCGUAGACUCCCGUCAAGAUGAUAUCAAACCUAUCCUCCCACUACAAACUCGUGUUCUUGGUACGACCAAAAGAGUAUCAAUUCCAUCGAGGCGAGGCCCGAAGCAAGCAUCGGUCGGCAAAUCCUCCAGGCGAAGCCGCAAGGGCGCAUCUCGCGAUGAUCACGACCAAGAGGGGGAUUGCCUCAUGGGCGAAGCUGAUGCCCCCAAGAAGCAAGAGGACAAUGGCCCUUGGGUGUGUCCGUUUUUUAGAAAGGACCCAACUCGCCAUAUGGACUGCAUAACCCUGACACUAAACCGCAUCCAAGAUGUCAAGCAACAUCUUACUCGACGACACACGGCUGAGUUGUACUGCUCGAGAUGCUUUCAAGAGUUUCAGCUCCAUCAGGAUUGGGAAGAACAUACUCAACGCUGGGACUGCCCGAAGCGGCCUUGUCCGCCUCACCGAGUCACGCCACAAGCCCAGGACCGUCUCAAGGUCCGUGUCGAUAGGACAAUGACUGCUACAAAGCAGUGGUAUGAGAUCUGGAAGAUUCUGUUUGAGGAUGAGAAACCGCCACAUAGCCCUCAGCAGGGCAGUGUGAUUGGGGAGGUGAUUAGCAUCAUUCGUGAUUGCUGGAACGAAGAGAGCGGCCAGAUUCUGUCUGAGCUUGCUAGAAGCGAAGGAAUAUCUGAGAGUGAGGCUGGUGUUCUUGGGAUGCUUCUUCCCAGACUUCUCAACCGGAUCCAAGAUCGAGUUGACCCUCCGCAGCGUGACUCUGGGGUGUCUGAUACCCCUUCUAACACAGACAGCAGCACCACCUACAUUACUGAACAGACGGGACAAACUCUUGAUAUGGGAAGCUCAGCGUUUCUUGCGCCGACCAGCGACUAUAGUGCUACUCCCAAGCUAUCCAAAAGUCCUUCGCCCACGACUCCUGUCUUGUUAAGCAUCUCGGACUCGAAUUUCCAACCGUUGAUGAAACUAGAACAGUUUGGCUGUGAUCCAUCCUCGCAAGAGGAUUCUUUCGACCAGAUGAUGGAGCAGCCGUACACGACCUCGGCUGACAAUGACGACCUCGCCGCCAUGACCUUUAGCGGCCAGCUCGAAGGGAACUGUCUGGAAAGCCGAGGAAUUCAACCUGGAUUCGGCUACAUGGAUCCUAUGCUGGGGUUCCCUUGGACGGCAGACUCGGCCUUUGGGCCCAGUGCUCUUACACCGGAACAAUAUCCCAACAACAUCGACAUGUAUGAAGGGAAUGAUGUGACUGAUCUGCCACCCAUGGCGAAUCAACCCUUGAAGCAGAGUUGUCAGGGUGAUGCCAACAUACGUUAAACCAAACUCGAGGGGUUUAUCUACCCAGGAAACAGGCCUGAAUAUGAAGUGUGUGGAAUAGACGAGGGCAUAUAUCACAGGAAUUCCGUAAGAUUCAGAUUGGAUUUUAAUAAUAUAUCUAUACCCGUGUU